CUUAUUAUUUAGUCGAUUACAAACGUUGACAAAGCAAAGAUGUCCACCGAAAAGAAAGUGUCCAACUCCAGGAUCGGAACGCAGCUCCUUGCCGGGGUGCUUGCCAAUUUGUCUAUUGUGGUCGCUGGAACAGGAUUUGGUUGGACAUCGCCAUCGCUUCCAAAAAUUGUUAAUGACGAAAAUGAAUUUCCUGUAACACCUGAUCAAAGUUCUUGGAUAGCUACUGCUUUGAUUAUAGGUAUAGUGUUCGGACCGAUAGUCAGUCUAAUUAUAGUUGAUCGUGUUGGAAGAAAAUCGACUCUCCUCGCCACAGCAUUUCCCAGUUUAAUCUGCUGGAUUCUUAUAUAUUUUGCACAGUCCUAUAAAUGGUUGAUGAUUGGCAGAUUCAUCAACGGAAUUGCCGUUGGUAUGACUUAUACGACAAUUCCACUAUACGUAGGUGAAAUCGCCCAAGUCAGUGUCAGAGGAGCUCUUGGUACUAUUUCGAACAUCUGCUAUAAUGUAGGAACUCUCAUAUGCUUUUCAAUUGGUCCAUUCGUAACACGACAGACCUUAGCUCUCAUCUGUAUGACUUUUCCAAUACUAUUCUUCAUCUCCUUCUUCUGGAUGCCGGAAACGCCUUACUUUUAUCUGAUGCGGAAACGUGGCAAAUCCGCUGAGAAAUCAUUGUUUUGGUUACGUGAUAAUAAGGACGUCAAAGAUGAACUUCAAGAAAUGACCGACCUAGUGGAAAUCGAACAGCGUAACAAGGGCAGACUGAUAGAUCUUGCGAUUGUUAAAGGAAAUAGAAAAGCUACCAUUAUAGUGUUGGGAAUUUUUUCUGCUCAACAAUUUUCUGGCAUCAGUGCAAUCCAAGCAUAUGGAAGUAUUAUCUUUAAUCAAAGUGAUCUGCAGUUGAAUUCGGAUAUUGUAGUGAUUAUUAUGGGUAUGGUUACAUUGGUCUCAUCUAGUUUUACCACUCUUGUUGUAGAUAGGUUUGGCAGGAAACCAUUGAUGAUUGUUUCGACAUUCGGAUGUUCCCUUUGUUUAUUAUUUAUAGCUAUUUAUUUCCAUUUAAAAUAUUGUGCUGUGGACAUUUCCGUUAUAUCAUGGCUCCCAGUGGUAACAAUGAUUUUAUUCUUUAUAUUCUAUUCAUUUGGAAAUGGUCCUCUACCAUACGCCGUACUUGGCGAAAUUUAUCCUACUAAUGUCAAAGCUUGGGCUACUAUGUUAAUUUCUAUAUAUAGUGCUAUUAUUGGUUCUAUCGUUACUAAAAUUUAUCAAAUCGUCGCCGAUGGAUGGGGUGAACAUGCGAUUUUUUAUACCUUUGCCGUUGUUGAAAUUAUAUUCUUGUUUUUUAUCAUAUUUGUCAUGUUUGAGACUAAAGGUAAAUCGUUUCGAGAAAUCCAGGAGCACCUCGGUGCCUCGGUUAUAAAGCAUAUUCCUUAAGAAUUUAUACUCCCUGUAAGAUAUAAUACAGAUCUUUCGUAGUAGGUAAAUCCGAAAAAGAGUCGGCAACUGCAUUAGAAUUUUAUUGCGAUUCGUCAACGGGAUGUAACACACUGAUAGAGUCCCUCUAGUCAGAGUCUGGCCAACACCCGGAAGGGACGCCACGUUUAGGGCCAUGAAGACUAGAGUAAAGGAGGCCGAACGCAAUACUGUGGAUAUGGCGCACAAAACGUCAGAUAGUUUUGUCAAGUUACAUAUCAUGGUGGCGCCGUCGUCGCGGUAGUCGGGAGGAGAGAGAGAGAGCUAUAUUUUUGUAAGAUGAUUGGAACUUC